CGUCCAAGAUAUUUUGUAGAAUGAUUUAUUAAGAGAUGUGUGUCGAAAGAAUUGAUAGUCUUCUUUUUCGGCUUCUGUAUUGACAUUUCUCAAAAUCAUCAAAAUUCGUUAGACAAAUUUAUUAAGUGUAGAUUAAAUUUACAAGAGCAAAAUGCCGGCCGAAUUGCCCAUUGACAUUCUAAAUAGGCCCUUGUCGGAAAUUGUUUUUAGAAGAAAAAAUAAUGCUUUAUUCAAGAAACUAGCGCGAAAGACUCACUUCAAUGUGAAAGAAGUCGAAGCGUUAGCGGUUAUACAUAAAAAAAUAACACAAACUUUGGGCCCUAUGACAAGAUUGGUGUUUCGAGAUGUUUUACAUUCUGGUUUGGAUUUUACUGAAAAUAUUCGGCAUUUAUAUAUCGACAGAAUUUUCUCUGCGUUUGACAAGAAAAACGUUCUGCAAAUUCAUCUGGAACAGUGGAUUGAAGGACUCUCCACAAUUCUUCGCGGCAGCCUGAACGAAAGGAUACAUUUCGCUUUUAGUAUAUACGAUUUUAUGCAUACUAACAAAUUGAAGAAAGAGCAAAUAUUUCCCUCAAUGCGAGGUUGCUUGAUCAAAUUGCCAACAGACGAAGAUUCCGAUGAAGCUGUAAAGGAUUUGAUUGAUUCGCUGUUGAAAAAACUCGACAUCGAUCGCGACGGUGUAAUAUCCGAAGAAGAAUUUCACAGAGCUAUAAAAGAGAGAAAUCUAUUGCUGCUGGAGUGCAUGGGGCCGGUGUUCCCGUCUAGAGUAGCGCGACGAACAUUCCUGAGCACAUUCACGGAUCGGCUUGGACGAUUCUGAUUUUUUCCGAGUCUAUUCAAGUUAGAAAACCGAAAAGUGCAUUCUCGAUGCAGCGGACGGGCAAAUGCGUCAAAUCAGACAGAAGAAUCCUCCUGAACGAGAUGACGCUCCAAUAAAUUUUCGAGACCGUCGGCGCAGCGUACGGCUUUUACGACUCACCGAACGAUGGCAAUUGACUCGUUCGUUUUCUUCGCAAACAAUCGCUAAUGGACCGCGAUAAUGCCGCAUCCUAAUCGCAUCAAGCUGCAUCCGCGAUACGAUCACCAAGGGCGAUCCGAAUCGAUCGUUUUAAUGAGACCUCGCGAUCGUCAUAAAACUUAUUACUAUUAUCAACGUAAAUAGAUAAUCGAUACAUAUAUCCGCGCGCGCGGACGCGUGCUAUUUAUCGUAAUGCAUCGAUCGCGACGUGUUUUGCAAUCUGUUAUUAUAUACGAUGUAUAACUAACAAUAUAUAUACAAAACAUUACAGGAUAAAA